GGUUGUUGUUCAGUCGCCAUCCUGGCUGGUUGUGUCUGGCUUCCGGAAGCGACCCGGAAAACUCGAGUCGAGCCGAGUUGAACUGAAGGCGUUGGAGUCGAGUCGUUCUCUGGUCUGGCCGGGCGAGUAACGCUGCGAGACUCUCUCCGCGCAGGAAUGGCGGCGAUCCGUAAGAAGCUGGUGAUCGUGGGCGACGGCGCGUGCGGGAAGACCUGCCUGCUCAUCGUCUUCAGCAAAGACCAGUUCCCCGAGGUCUACGUGCCCACCGUCUUCGAGAACUACGUGGCCGACAUCGAGGUGGACAGCAAGCAGGUGGAGCUAGCGCUGUGGGACACGGCGGGUCAGGAGGACUACGACCGUCUGCGGCCGCUCUCUUACCCCGACACCGACGUCAUCCUCAUGUGCUUCUCCAUCGACAGCCCCGACAGCCUGGAGAACAUUCCCGAGAAAUGGACUCCGGAGGUCAAGCACUUCUGCCCCAACGUUCCCAUAAUCCUGGUGGGCAACAAGAAGGACCUGCGCCACGACGAACACACUCGCCGCGAGCUCUUCAAGAUGAAGCAGGUGCGUAGCUCGCGCUAG